GUAAUUAUUUCGUUGUGGUGCUAAUAUUACUAGAAAGAGCCACAAUAAAAACCUUUGUAGUAAUAGCUCAAUAAUUUCACAAGCAUAAUCCAAUUGCGCAUAAUCCAACAGUAGGCGGUUUUUCUUUGCAUAAUACCAGAAAGUAUAACGCGGUCUGAUCACAUAUACUGAGAUGACGGGUGAUGGCAGGACUACGGCACUUCUGGUGCUUAUUGUGUUCAUCACAUCGACGCGCAGCCACCGUUCAGGAAAAGGCAAACCGGACGCACUGGUUGAGAUGGUCCCCGGCAUUGAUGAAAAGGUCUUCGGAAAACUUGCUCUCUACAAAAAAGAUGGAGGAGUCUUUAUUGAAGGCGUCAUCCACAACAUGAAGCCAGGGCUGCACGGCUUCCACGUACACGAGAAGGGACUGCUGGGCAACAAAUGUAUGGACGCCGGCGAACACUUCAACCCCCUCAAGAAAGUUCACGCCGGGCCCAAAGACCUUCAUCGACAUGCUGGAGAUCUCGGUAACGUCUACGCCGACAAGAACGGCGUUGCCAAGAUCAGCAUCUUUGAUGGUCACAUCUCGCUGCAUCCUCAUGACAAGACCUACAUUGGCAAGCGAAGCUUCGUUGUGCACAAGAAGCCCGACGACCUGGGUCGUGGAGGUGAUGACGAGAGCUUGAGGACGGGCAACGCCGGAGGACGACUUUCCUGCGGCAUCGUCAUCCAACUCGGCCACAGCCUCAAGGAGCCUCCGCCCGUCUAUCACCCUCACGACGGCUCCGGCAAGUCAGGUUUCGGACAUGGUCAUGGACAUGGCGGUGGUCAUGGACAUGGCAGGAAAGGACAUGGACAUGGCAGGAAAGGACAUGGUCAUAGCGGAUACGGAGGAGGAGGUAGCGGUCACCAUGAAGACCACCACGGAGAAGGUAUCGACAGUGAUAAGAACAAAGAAAACGAUCAAAAGGAAGACGAUUUCGGAGGGUUUGACGAUUACGAUUAUGACUUCGGAAACGAUAAAGCGUUCGGGCAUUCAGGAAGUUCCCACCAUGACAGCCAUUCUGAGCAUCCCAACAGGGAGGAGGAUCACGAUGGCUACAGUUCUUCUAAUGACUUCCACCACCAACACUCUGACCCAUUCGAUGACCUGAGCAGCUUUGGGUCUUCUCACUCGGUCCACAGUUUGCCGGCACCCGUGAAGCAUCACGGAUACGGAGGUCAUCAUUACUCGCGCUUUGUUGGUUUCUCGCAGCACCCUCUGCACUUAUGGUAGCGUCCAUAUGUCGGGGCAGGCUUAGGCAAAAUGCGUUUUGCGGCUAUUUAGGCUGGUAGGAUGUAAACUUCAAAGUAGGGCAGCCUGUAGCGCAGUCUCUUGAAUAAGGCGAUGAGGUUGCUUAUAAAUCUGCAAUCUCUCGAUUGAUCAAGAUUAUCUCGCGUCAACGAUUAACAAGGAUUUAAUUACGUAUAACAUUCGACAGCAAUAAAUACCGGAAUACGUCAAUAUUGGCUGAGGAAAACAUGAAGGAUAAUGUCAUUUUAGAAACGUCUGCUUGCUCACAUAACGUUAAAAUCCAUUUCAAAUGAAUGGAGAAUUACUAGAAACGGGAAAAGUAUUCAACAGUUCAAAAGGCAGCAAAACAUUUUUUUUCUGAACUAUUUCGGUUUUAAUACAGAGAAUCGUCUGUGCGAAUAAUUUAGUAACCUCAAAAACGUUUCAGAUAGAUGCUAUUGACGCCAAAAAUAAUUAAUAAAAUUAAGCGAUAAUAAUAAAAAGCGUUCCCCA